AUGCCUGUAUCAAGCAAUAAACGACUAUCCUUUGUCAACUUUCCUAUACCGUUUGAUCAUCCAUACACUAUACCCACUCUGAUUGCAACAGUGGGAGCAAGCGCAUUUUUAUACUAUUCACUGCAAGCAUCACACAAAGCAGACCUCAAAGAAGCGAUUCGACAACAAGUGGUACAUAAACGCAAACAUCUCAAGAGAAAGCAGGAGAAAUUUGCAAGCCUCAAGAUAGAGCACGAAUAUGUGAAUCCAUUUGCCGAGUGGACGCAACCGAGCAUCUCAUUUGUAGACUCUAUUUUGUAUUGGUUUGGCAUUAACAACAAUAAUCAAAUACCCAAAAUCGAGCAAGAUCUCAUUGAUACAUUGCCCAUGACGAGGCCAGAUUUCAACCACAACAAUACAAGCUUGACUUGGCUCGGUCAAUCUACGUGUCUGAUUACGCUGGAUGGUCUCAGAAUAUUGACAGAUCCUGUGUUUGAGCACGCCAAACGGCUUCGCCCACCACCAUGCUCAUUGCAAGACAUUGGAAACAUAGACAUAGUGCUAGUAUCUCAUCAGCACUUUGACCAUCUAGACGAAAAAGCAGUGGAGCAAAUAGGAGACAGCGCUACUUGGUACAUACCAUUGGGAUUGAGAGACUGGUUCUUCAAAAAGGGAAUAGUCAAUGUGAUAGAAUUGGACUGGUGGCAAGAGAUGCAUCACAAGGGACAUUCUGGCAUUGUCAUUGCUAGCGUGCCAUCCAUGCACACGAGUCCGAAGGAAGAGUCAUUAUGGUGCAGUUUUGUGAUCAAGAGUCAAAGCGAAAGGAUUUUUUUCUGUGGUGACACAGGCUACGUCCCUGAAUUAUUCCAAUCUAUACGAGACAUCUAUUCCCCAUUCACUAUGGCCGCUUUGCCUAUUGGCACAUUUGAACCACAAGCCAUGCUGAAAUCACUCCAUAUGACGCCCAAAGAGGCAAUCCAGGCACACGUUGAUUUGGGAUCACCCAGAAUUUCUAUUGGUAUUCAUUGGGGCACAUUUAUGAAAUCCAACGAACCGUAUCUAUCACCUAUCCAGCAGUUGUUUGAUUUAUACGGUAAAAUAGAGGAAAAUGAUUCAAGUCGUUUUAUUACAACAUCAUUUGGAGAGACUAUAUUUGCUUAA